GUGUUUUCGUAGUACUGUCGUAUAGUCAGUUGUGUCUGUGUCGUUACUCAAUCUACUGCAGAGGACUUCUCGGAUUGCCGUUUUGAUCCACGACUCCUUCUCCAUCAACACAACUAGUUAAUUGAGUAAUAAGUCCCGGUUCUAGUGAUCCCAUAGCAGCCAUGUCUCGUGUUCUGGUUGGAGUCAAGCGAGUGAUCGAUUAUGCCGUCAAGAUCCGCGUCAAGCCGGACAAAUCCGGAGUAGUGACCGAGGGCGUCAAGCACUCGAUGAACCCCUUCGAUGAAAUUGCCGUCGAGGAAGCGGUCAAGAUGAAGGAGAAGAAGAUCGCCUCCGAAGUUGUGGCCGUCUCGGUAGGGCCAACUCAAUCGCAGGAGGUGCUCCGUACCGCUCUGGCCAUGGGAGCCGAUCGUGGCAUUCACAUCGAAAUUUCCGGAAAGGACUACGAGCUGCUACAACCCAUCCAUGUGUCGAAAAUCCUUGCCAAGCUGGCUCAGGAUGAGAAGGCCGAUCUGGUGAUCCUUGGAAAGCAGGCGAUCGAUGACGAUUGUAACCAAACUGCCCAGAUGACCGCAGCUCUUCUGGAUUGGCCCCAGGCUACCUUUGCGUCCAAGGUCGAGAAGACCGGCGACGGUUUGACCGUGGUUCGCGAGGUCGACGGUGGUCUGGAGACGAUCAAGACCAAGGUUCCGGCCGUGAUCAGUGCCGAUCUGCGUUUGAAUACUCCCCGCUAUGCUACGUUGCCGAACAUCAUGAAGGCCAAGAAGAAGCCGAUCAAGAAGAUGGUACCGAAGGAUCUCGGUGUGGACACGACUCCCCGUAUCGAGGUGGUCUCGGUCGAAGAUCCCCCGGUUCGUCAGGCUGGAUCGGUCCUGCCUGAUGUGGAUACUCUGUUGAGCAAACUGCGCGAUGGUGGACAUAUCAAGUAGAAAAUUUGCAGGGAAGAGUUGAAGAUGUGGUAGUUUCGUAUUAUUCUUUUGUUUUGGAUCGACUUCAAGUGCAUUUGUCUUUUUUACGUACUAGCGUGAUCGUGCGAUCGAGCUGAGGAAAAUCUGUUGAGUUAUUGCGGUGCAAAUAAAGUUUGUAAUAAAAAUGAAAA